AUGGCAAAGGCAAAGGCCGCCAAGGAGGCAAUUGAGGCUGCCAGUGGCAUUGCAGGAGAAGGCGCGGUUGUCCAGCCAAAGAAAUCGCUUUGGGAAAGAUUCAAGAAUGAGAUGGUUCAUUAUUGGCACGGUACAAAGUUGCUUGGUAAGGAGAUCAAGAUCUCCACCAAGUUGGCUGGACGGCUAUUGCGUGGAAACAAACUGACUCGGCGUGAACAAAGACAGCUGCGACGCACGACUGGAGACUUGCUUCGACUGCUCCCCUUCUCCGUCUUCUUGAUUGUGCCAUUCAUGGAACUCCUGCUACCUGUAGCGCUUAAACUGUUCCCCAACAUGCUUCCCUCGACCUUUGAAGACAAGUAUGCAGAGGAAGAAAAGAAGAGGAAGCUGCUCAAGAUGCGCUUAGAGAUGGCAAAAUUCUUACAAGAAACUAUUGAGGAAUCAGGCAUCCCUGGAUCGUCGCGUGCUGAAGCUGUCAAGGAGUUUGGUGACUUCUUUAGAAAGGUCCGCACGACGGGUGAACAGGCUUCGACAGAUGAGUUGAUCAGAGUCGCCAAGUUGUUCCAUGAUGAAUUAACACUCGAUAAUCUGUCCAGACCUCAACUGGUCUCCAUGUGCCGCUACAUGAACCUCAACGCCUUCGGAACCGACAACUUUUUGAGAUAUCAAAUCCGAAACAAGAUGAACUCAAUUAAGCAGGAUGAUAAGUUGAUUAUGGCUGAGGGCGUAGAUUCGUUGACAACUCGUGAGCUUCAGGCAGCUUGUCAGUCGCGUGGAAUCCGUACAGGGGGCGUCUCGACAGCUCGUCUUCGCAGUGAAUUAGAACAAUGGCUCGAGCUCAAUCUGAAAUACGCUAUUCCUUCUUCUCUUUUGAUCCUGUCACGCGCCUUUGCUUUCUCUGAUUUCAAAGAAUCAGCCACGCCAGUGGAGGCGCUUCAAGCAACGCUCUCAUCGCUUCCAGACAGCCUAUUGACAGAAACAGAGCUGCAUGUGUCUGAGCUAGAGGGCGCUGCUACUCCUCAACAAAAGCUUGAAGUCCUGGAGCAACAGGAAGAAUUGAUUGCAGAUGAAUUGGCACAAGAAGAGAAGGAAGAAAAGGCCCGUAAAGCUCGCAAGGAGGAGGCAAGGAUCAAGAAGGAGGCUGAAGAAAGAGAGAAGCAGAAGACGCAGGAAAAACAAAUAAUGCAGGAGAAGCAGGAAGUACCUGUGGUUUCUGCUUCUUCAGGUAUCCCUGUCUUUGACAAAACAACACCCGCUGCCGCUGCCGCUGGUGCCCCUGCUACCUUUGCUGGCGCAUCAGAGCUUUUGACUGAUGCUCAGGUGGCUGCUCAGGUUGCCAAGGAUACAAGAGCUACUGCUGCAACCACAGAGCUAUUGGAGGCUGCUAAAUCUAUUGAUGCAGCUCCCGCAGCCGCAGCUCCACCCAAGCCUGAGGAAGAUGAAGACACUGCUCGCAUGACAGAGGAACAAUUGCUCGAAUUGCGCGAAGCUUUGUGUAUUAUGUCAUCUCGCUCUGCAGUAUUGGAAGAGCGUGAAGAGCUCGAGGACCUGAAGGAAGAUCGUAUGGAAUAUAAAGAGGAUAUUGAGGAGCUUGCACAGGUACAGCGUAAGGAACACAAUGUGUCGAAACGAUUGGGCAGCCGCCUGGAGAAGAUGAUUGCUAAGCUGGAUCAGGAAUUGCAGGCAUAUGAUGCGGAGGGCAACAAACUACAAGCAUUCCAGGCUAAUGAGCGUGGUGAGCUGACGGUGAAGGAUAUUGAGUCUGCACUCAAAGUUAUCAAGCACGCGCCCGACGAGGAAAAGAUUAAGCAGAUUGUCAAGAAGUUAGAUGUUGAUGGCGACGGCCUCGUCCUCCUAAGUCACAUUGUAGAAUUAGCAGAUCUUGUGGAGCAAGAGGAAGGUACAGGAGUGCUUGUAGAGGGCAAGAAGAUCCAUGGCAAAGUGAUUGAAGAGGCUAAAGAGAAGAAGUUGAAGAAGGAAGAUGUCAUCAAGGACGACUAA